GCCAAUCCGCUGAGGGCGGCGCGGAGUAAUAAAAGUAGUCCUAGUUAAGGUAGGUCGACCCUGCAGACGGCGACAAAACAGUUGCGCUUUCUUCCCCAUUCAGUCGUGCUCUACUUGUCUUGCAGAGAAGAGCUAAAUCGCAGUCAUGACGAAGGACCCAAAUAAGCCCAGGGGAAAGACCACCUCUUAUGCUUUCUUUGUUGCAACCUGCCGUGAUGAGCACAAGAAGAAGCACCCAGGGACCAGCGUGAACUUUUCAGAGUUCUCCAAGAAGUGCUCAGAGAGAUGGAAGACUAUGUCCGCCAAGGAGAAAGUGAAGUUUGAAGACUUGGCAAAGACUGACAAAGUCCGCUAUGACCGUGAAAUGAAGACAUACGUCCCUCCGAAGGGUGUCAAAAACAUGAAGAAGAAAAAGGACCCCAAUGCACCCAAGAGGCCACCUUCUGCGUUUUUCGUGUUCUGCUCCGAGCACCGUCCCAAGAUCAAGGAGGACCACCCUGGCAUCGCCAUCGGUGACAUCGCCAAGAAGCUGGGAGAGCUGUGGGGCAAACAGAGCGAUAAAGAUAAGGGUCCAUAUGCUGCCAAGGCUAGCAAACUGAAGGAGAAAUAUGACAAGGACGUAGCUGCUUAUCGUGCCAAGGGAGGCGCAGGAAAGGUUGACACUGGUAAGAAGGGCGGCCCCGGCAGACCCUCCGGCGGCAGGAAGGCACAGCCAGUCGAUGACGACGAUGAUGAUGACGACGAUGAUGAUGACGAUGAGGAGGACGAGGAUGAUGAUGACGACGAUGACGAUUAAGCGACUCGUUUGUUUGAUGUGAAUUUUGCGAUGCAUCGUUCAGUUUAACUCCUGUUUGUUUUUGUGUGGAUGUUUCAACAGUAUUUGUCUGCACUGUUGCUCUGCCUCUGUAGGACAUCAGACGUGUAUUCCUCCUUAAAUUCAGGGAUGAUGUUUUUAUUUUGUCACUUAGCCCCCCUCAUGAUUAUUUUUAAGUUUUCUAUCUGCUCGACCUUGGAUGCUUUUCAUCUCUAGAUCCAAACGGCCAGCCACAUGAAUUCUCCUGUGAUAAUACAAUGGACUGAAACGUCUGCACGGGCAGUGGACUGCAGCAAAUGAAGUUUUAAAGGUGUGUUUGUUUCUGGAAGCACUGCUCAUGUUCUGUUUAGUGGUGCCGUUUCUUCACUGUCGUUUUACUACCAGGGGUUAUCUGUAGUUGGAUUAUUAAAGAUGUUUGCAGCCAUUUUUAAAGUGGAUCUUUGACAACUUUCA